GAGGCGCGCCGGGGGCGUUUGCGUCCACGAGAGGGCUGCUGGUGAAGCAGACGGGAAUUAUCUAUGAGGCUGCUGCUGGCUCAGGCAUCAAGGUGGUGAAUCAGAUGAGGGCAGGGGGCGGCAAGGCGGCAGCGCUAUUCAAGCAGAAGGAUUUCAACUUUGAGAAGCUCGGCAUCGGCGGGCUCGAUGCUCAGUUUGCUGAUAUUUUCCGCCGAGCCUUCGCCUCCCGUGUCUUCCCACCGCACAUCAUCUCCCGCCUGGGCAUUACACACGUGAAGGGAAUGCUACUGCAUGUCCACCUGGGUGGGAGUGUCUUUGGUGCGGCUGGUGUGGCUGCUGGUGGGGGUGCUGUUGUUUCUGGUGCGUGUCCUUCCCUUCCCUCCCCCAACGGCACGGGCAAGACGCUGAUUGCGCAGCAGAUAGGCAAGCUGCUCAACGGCAUGGAGCCCAAGGUGGUGAACGGCCCUGAGAUCCUGGACAAGUACGUGGGAGCAGCAGAGAAGAAUAUCCAUGACGCAUCUGGACAAGUAUGUGGGAGCAGCAGAGAAGAUAUCCGAGAUCUGUUUGCCGAUGCUGAGAAGGACCAGAAGGAGCAUGGAGAUGAGAGUGACCUGCACAUCAUCAUCUUUGAUGAAAUCGAUGCCAUCUGUAAGAGUCGAGGGUCUGUUCGUGAUGGCACGGGGGUGCACGACAGCAUAGUCAACCAGCUGCUCACCAAGAUCGAUGGAGUCGAGUCGCUGAACAACAUUCUUCUAAUCGGCAUGACCAACCGGAAAGACAUGCUCGACGAGGCUCUGCUCAGACCUGGUCGAUUGGAGGUGCAGAUUGAAAUAGGGUUACCAGACGAGGAGGGGCGAGUGAAGAUCCUGGCCAUCCAUUCCAACAAGAUGCGCGAGAACUCCUUCAUGGGUGCUGACGUGGACCUCAACAGCCUGGCCGCCCGCACCAAGAACUUCAGUGGGGCGGAGCUAGAAGGUCUAGUCAAAAGCGCCGUGUUCUUCGCUUUGUCAAGGCAGACGGACCCGUCGGACCUGACCAAGGCGAUAGACGAGGACAACAUUCGAUCCCAGUGCCCUCUCCCGGUUCUCUCUUCCAACAGCUUCUCCCUUUCCUUUCUCUUGACCUCCGCCCGCACCAAGAACUUCAGCGGGGCAGAGCUAGAAGGACUGGUGAAGAGUGCAGUCUCCUUCGCCCUGUCACGGCAGACGGACCCGUCGGACCUGACCAAGGCGAUAGACGAGGACAACAUCCGGGUGACCUAUGUUCUCCCACCAAUCCCCCCCCUGUGCCGGCCUCUUCCCCCAUCCCAGCUGCCCGCCACCAAGAAUUUCAGCGGAGCAGAGCUAGAAGGUCUAGUGAAGAGCGCUGUGUCCUUCGCCCUGUCAAGACAGACGGACCCGUCAGACCUGACCAAGGCGAUAGACGAGGACAACAUCCCUCCCGUUCCCCCCCUCCCCCUCUCCCCCUCCUUCCAUUCAGCUGCACGCACCAAGAACUUCAGUGGAGCAGAGCUAGAAGGCCUGGUCAAGAACCUGACAAAGGCGAUAGACGAGGACAACAUCAGGGUGACCAUGGUGGCUUUUGAAGAGGCGCUCAAGGAGGUGCGGGCCGGCGUACGGUGCCAACACAGAGCAGCUCAACAUGUACCGGUGAGUGGGUGGGUUGCCCCUUCACUUGCCACUUGUGCUAUAAGGAGUCUGAACGGCAUGCUGCAGUCGUUGACGGUGCACCACCACAUUCUCUCAACUGCCAAGCGCCAGGUGCUGCAAGUGAAAGCAAGGGCAGCGCACCCAGCACAUAAUCCCCUCUUUCUCCCUUUCCCUCCCUCCCUUGCACCCACCACCACAUUCUCUCCACCGCCAAGCGCCAGGUGUGCUGCAAGUGCGGAGCAGCGAGAGAACGCCCCUGCUGACGUGCCUGCUGGAGGGGUCGCCAGGGAGGUGAGUGUGGGGGGAUUGGGAGACAGGGGAGAAUGGGAUUGCAAAUACGCCUGA